AUGCAAUUCCGCGCGAAACAAGCUCCUCUCCUCCUCCUCCUGCUCCCCUCCAUCGCCAGCGCCCUUGCGACAAACCCCGCUGCCGGCAAUGACAAAGACUCGAUCCCUGCCGCCGAUGUAGCGGAUGUCGCGAUACUCAAGGGCCGCCUCGGCGUGCCCACCAAGGACGCGCCCGUCGACGGAAAGGAUGGCAAGCCUCAUCUCGGCCCGUUUGUCGAGACCGACGGCACCGUCUCGACCGAGACCAAGGGCGAAAAGGACUUGCCCACCCUAAAGGGGCGGCCCAAGGAUGUCACAGUGGUCGAUGGCAAGAAGAUUCCCGAGUCCAACGAUGGCGUCAUGUUCGACAAGAACCGCGAGAAGCCUCAGGAUGGCACCACAGGCACCGAGGGAGGCGUUUCCGAAAAGGACAAAGCCCGCAAGGCCCACGAAGGCAAGACUGGCGAGAAACUUGUCAACCAGCCUGAAGCACCCAAGGAGCAUCCUCCGAUCCCCCACAGCGAAGAGAAGAAGAUUGAAAAGGGCAAGGAUAAGACCAAGGGAGGAGACGCCGACAAGGAAAACUCAAAGCCAAAAUCAACGUCCGACAAAGAUGGUGAAGAUACAGGCUACACCGGGCUCGAGAAACCUGAUGAUCUCCCCGAUAUGGAUCGCAAGCAGGUGUCGCCGCCCGUCCCCGACUCCGCAAAGAAAGACCACCUCGACAUUUCCAAGCCUCAAGCCGGAGGUUCAUCAUCAGCCGCAAAGGCUGCCGAACAGGAAGAGGGCAUUAUCCAGCCUUUCCACUCCUUCAUCCUAUCCUUCACCAUGAUCCUGGUCUCUGAAGUUGGAGACAAGACGUUCCUCGUUGCGGCUCUCAUGGCGAUGAAGCAUGAUCGCAUGAUCGUCUUUUCUGCCGCCUUUGGUGCCCUUUUGGUCAUGACGGUUCUGUCCGCGGUUCUGGGCCAUGCCGUUCCGGCUCUGAUCCCCAAGCGUCUCACUGGUCUUCUUGCCGCGGGUCUGUUCUUUGUCUUUGGAGCUAGACUUUUGCGAGAGGGAAUGCAGAUGGACCCCAACGAAGGCGUCACUGCUGAGAUGCACGAAGUCGAACAGGAACUUGCUGAGAAGGAAAAGGAGCUUGAGCGUAGGGGUGGCUCCAUCUCCGGCGAUGCCUUGGAAAUGGGUCUCGGUGGCAGGACCUCGCGCAAGAACAGGUUCCCCUCCCCCAGGUCACCUUCGGAGUCACCCUCCCGGAUUCCCUCCCGCAAAUCAGGCAGCGGCAGCGGCUUCGUCAGUGGCAUCAGCAAUCUCUGCUCCCUCAUCCUCAGCCCUGCGUGGGUUCAGACCUUUGUCAUGACCUUUUUGGGCGAGUGGGGAGACCGAAGCCAGAUUGCCACCAUUGCAAUGGCUGCUGGACAGGACUAUUGGUGGGUUACUCUCGGUGCCCUGGCUGGACACUGCAUCUGUACGGGUGUUGCAGUCAUUGGUGGCCGAGCCAUCGCUGGACGCGUCAGUCUCAAAGUUGUGACCAUCGGUGGCGCCGUUGCCUUCUUACUGUUUGGCAUUAUUUACCUCAUUGAGGCUCUCUACGCAUAA